GUUUCCAACUCUCUCUCUAUCAAUUCCAUCGCGGAACCCCAUCGACUCCACACCGAAGAUGACGUCGCAACCACCUCAAGAGCCAGCAGGCAAGCAGGCAGACGCGGCGCAACCAGAAAACCCAGAACAACAAGCCGCCGCCGCCGACGAGGAGGCGAAAUACGCGCCUCUGGUUGACCCACGCCUGCCGACUCGCAAGGACACUUCGUUAAAGGAGUUUCUCUCCAAGAUCGAUGAAUAUGCGCCCAUCAUUCCCGAAGGCGUAACCAACUACUACAUGACCAAAGCCGGCCUCCCACCCCCGCCUCAGACCGACCCCCGGCUGGCCCACCUCCUCGCCCUCGCCACGCAAAAGUUCGUCGCCGAUAUCGCCGCCGACGCCUACCAGUACAGCCGCAUCCGCGCGUCCAACUCGUCGGCCGCCAACAACCCGAUGGGUAACCUGGGCGUGGCGGCGGGGAUCCCAAUCCCAGGCCAGGCGGGCGGCGCACCUGGGAUGGCGGGCGCGGGCGGCGCGGGCGGCAAGGCUUCGCAGGGUGGUGCGGCGGGACAGGCGCUUCUGGGUAUCCAGCGGCCGGGGUACGGUGGUGGGGGUCAGGGCGGGAGCCAGAACCGGACGGUGCUUACGAUGGAGGAUCUUGGCAUGGCGGUUGGGGAGUAUGGAGUGAAUGUUAAGAGGAGCGAGUUCUAUCGGUAGAGCGAGACAGAGAGAGCGGGUUGUGGGGAUGCGUCAGGAUGGGUCGGUAUCGAGGGCUCUUGGCUGCCUGGGCCACCUGUCGACCGUCUUUCGUUUUCUGGUGCGUUGGGCCGUGGUCAAGAAGCCUACUUAAGUAGGCAAAACGGCUCCUUACUACGCGGGAUGAGUUGACUUCAUUUAGGCGUUUUUGGGUCGGGACAAGGGACGGGCGUUUAGGGGAUACGUUUGCUUCACAUGGAUAAAUGAACAAGGUGCAUACUGUC